CUCUCUCUCUCUCUCACAGACACAAACACACACAACAGACAGACAAACCAACAUUUUCUCAGCUUCUGGCAUGAGCUCAUAUGUUCAUGGGAUUUUCAUGCGGGGAUCAUUUUGAUGAAAAGGAGAGCGAGUUUUCCUUGUUAGAUGAGAGCAGUGCAACACAACAAAACAGUGUCAUCAUGGAAGUGCAUCAUCUUCAAGGGGUUGAUAAGAACACAGAUUUCUGCCCAGUUGAACACCCUAUGGAGCCACCAGAUGAAGAUCGUCCCGUGAAAUGCCCAAUGCCAGAAUCUUCCGUUAUCAAUGACGAUAGGAUGCAUGAAAAGAAGUUUGCAGAAAGCCUAAGGAAGAGGGUAGAGACAACUGGGGCCAUGGUGGGUGGAGAAAGAGCAGCAACCAUGGACACAGAGCCUCCUGCUCGAGGAGUACGAAAGCGGCAUCACACCCUCACACAUGGAGGAGACCUUGUGAUGACUCCAUUGAUGAGAAUGCCACCUCUCCCUCCCCUGCCAGCCCAGAACAUCACUAUCUAUCAAGUGCUUCAGCAGUUGGACAAGUUUGAGUCUUAACAAAGAAAUAAAUCCCAUCACAACAUUGCAUGUAAUGAGGGAUGCAUUUUGAUUAUAAGCCCAGUAAGCUUCAAUAGAGCAAGACGAGAAA